UGUCAGACAUCUGAUAGUCAGCAGCUGUUAUUAGGACCAUCGAGUCUGUUUGAAAACAGCUCGUAGCUUUGAGAGGACACAAAAGCUGUUGUUUUAAUCAAUACUUCACUGAAGAGUUAGACAGGGAUAGACAAACCAUAAACAGAAGCUGCCAUGGAUUCUCGGCUUUUCAAGCAGAUUCAGUGUUCUGUGUGUUUGGGGGAAUUUACAGACCCGGUGAGUCUGCUGUGUGACCACACAUUCUGCAGGCAGUGUAUCAGUAACCACUCGCAGACCAGCAGUCGCUUACGGCUAUGUCCCGAAUGCCGUAGACCAUAUACUAUGUGGGACCUACGAUCCAACCGGGUCCUCAGGAACAUGGUGGAUGCUGUGAGAGAGCACCUCACAGAACAACAAGCCAUGAGGGACAGGAACGUAACCGUCGCAGGAGCCAACGGGCCGAGAGCAGGAUUGCUCAUGGAGCCAGAGAAGUUAGUGUGCCCCGACCACGAUGAGAGGCUCAAACUUUUCUGUGAGACGGAUCAAAAACUGGUUUGUCUAAUUUGUAGAGAUGGUGAUAAACACCAAGGGCACAAGUUCAAACCAGUGGAUGAGGCAGCAGAACCCAAAAAGGAGAUGCUAAAAGAACCCCUAGGUUUCCUAUCGAAAGAGAACAAAGAGUUGGAAGAGCUGAUUAAGAGGCAGACCAAUGAAAUCACAAAAACUGAGGAGCGGUCCAAGCAGCUUUCAGCCCAAAUCUCAGCUCAGUUCCAGGAGAUGCACCAGUUCCUGAGAGAGAAGGAGCAGGAGGUAAAAGCACUGCUUGAGAAAGAAGAGAGGGUUGUGGUGGAGAAGAUGCAGAAGAACAAAAAUGACAUAGAGGAGAAACUAAACACUGGAAAAGAGUAUGAAGAAGUACUAAAGUCAGUUAUUGAAACUGAUCGGCUUGAUGGAUUUCUGCAGUGGUGGACCGAACAUGGCCUGGGUUUUGUUGAAGGGUUGAGGGAAGUUGACAGUUGGUCUAAAAGGAAUGACAAUGCUUCUCAGUCACCAGAGUAUAAGUCAAGGGUGAAGGGCCUCAGUGUGACCUCUGAAUCCCUCUUUCUUGGCCCCUAUGAAACUCAUCUGCAGUUCUUUGUGUGGAAGAAGAUGCUUGGUUCCAUUAAACCAGUUCCUGAUCGUAAUGUGAUAUCUGACUGCCAUGACCCAUAUUUGAGGGUUUCCUCUGACGGCCGCAGUGUGACUCGCACAGACAAGAAGGGAAUUUUCUAUCGCCAGAAAGACUAUAGACCACUAGCCAGAACCCACAAGUCCUUUCAGUCUGGGCAGCAUUACUGGGAGGUGGACGUGGGGGAAAAGAUUGACUGGAGUGUGGGUGUCGAUGGCGGACGUAUAAGCAACUUAAAUAAAAACAUCAGGCUUCAGUUGAAACAUAACCAAGGCUACUCUGUUAAAGAGAAUAGCACAGAGACUGAUAAGGAGCUGGAAGUGAAACCACAUAGAAUAGGGCUGUACUUGGACUGUGACAGGCAUCAGGUUUGCUUCUAUAAUGCUGAUGAUAUGACUCUCCUCCAUACGUCUACUUAUUUGUCUUUCACUCCUUAUUCUCUGAGUCUGUCGCCUGGGGCCUACCUACAGGGCAAGAACGCUGACCCAUUGACAGUGUGCUGGAACUGAUCUACCUUAGUAGAAAAAAAGCAUAAGCUUCUAGUAAAGGUGUUUAUGGUGGCUGUUUAGAGCAUUUUUUUCUGAGACCGAUUAUGAUGGCUACCAUUCAUAUUCACACUUCACACUUUCCACCACUACAUUAUGCAAGAUACAGGAAACCAUACAAUGCUCAAAGAUGGCUGGACCUCGAUAAAGUGAAGCAUUUUUAGGUGGGGCAUAAAAAUGGCUUGCUAAGAUUAGUGUACACUUUGUGUAUGAUAAACCUCAUCCUGUAAGCUUGAUACAAUAUGUAAUUAAAUCAAAAUCAACUGUGUUGUUUUUUUUUUUUACACUUUCUAUGGUUUGCCCUCAUUCUCAUUCUAUUGUUUGCAAUUAUUAAAAAAUAAAAUUGUGGAUUGUG